ACUCUCCCCUCCUGCGGCAAGACUGUAUUCCGUCACCUCAAUUUUCUGCUUCCCCAGCUAAUGCCAAAUUGAAAAAUCGGUGCAGCCUAAAACUCCUCUGACCUGCCCUCUCGCCACCCAAGCCCUCACGCCCGAGCUUUUCCUGAAUCCUCUCCCUCCAGUCACAUCGCCUCCUUUUCUAACCUGUUGCUACCUGGAGUCUCCCUUCUGCUGCUUCCGAGCGAGCGGAUGGAGACUUCGUGCCUGCUUAGGGGCAGCGAGGGCCCGCGCGACCUGACCUGACCUGACCCAGAUUUCUCUCGUUUCUGGCAUUCGCGUCUGCAGUGCUCGGCAUGGGGCUGGGUAUUGCGGGCGGUAAAUGUAAACAAGACGGGUUACUUGUUUUCAGGAACUCAGGGGAGCUUUGGGGGAAGUCGUUGCACAUCAGUAUCGCCAUUUGUUCAGUGCUUCAUAGGUUAACAGUUUCACUAUUUUAGGAGAGGUUCACAACAAAUGAAACGCAAGUCGGAAAUUAUCCAUUUCUCAGACCGUGAUGCUGAGUUGCGGAGGAGUUAGGCAUUUGCCCAGGGUCACACAGUUACUAAGGAGAAAACUUCCUCAAAAUCCCCAGUCCUGGGCUGCAGUGUAACGCCGUGAUAAAGCGCUUGCCUAGCAUACAGGAGGCCUUGGAUUCAAUCCCUAGCUCCACAAAAACUAAAAUUCCCAGACCUUGUAAGUCAGCUUGGGGUAAUUAUCACAAGAGAAGUGUAAAGGACUGAGGAAUUCAGAGGAGAGGCAAAUGCUUCUGACUGGGGAUCUUCAUGGUAUUGAAAGCAUUUGAGCAAGAUGAAUAGGAUUCGCCCAGUGGAGCUGGUGGAGGUGGAGGGGAUAGGAAGAGAGAGGCAGUUAUAGGAGGAAGGAAUAAAAUGUAAAAUUACAAAGAUAACAAGUGCUGGCAGUACUAAGCCACAGAAUAAGACGGGAUUGGGCUGAUGGAGUCCAGAGGGCUUGACAUCGCAGUUUAACUUCAUUUGCCAAAUGAGGGCAAAUAAGGCAGCAAUAUUAUUGGGUAUGUGCUUUAUCUGCUUGGUUUUUUUUGUUGUUGUUGUUUUGUUUUUUUGGGUUUUUUUUUUGUUUGUUUGUUUUGUCUUUUUCAUCGGUACCAGGGAUCGAACUCACGACUGCCUGCUUGCAAGACAGGCGCUUAUGCCACUGCUUGUUUCUUUAAUCUCAUUUUCUCUGUAUUUCUUUUCACACUUAAUCCAAGAAUACCAAGCCACUUGACCUGCUUUUCUUUUUAAAAAAUUUUUUUCUUCUAAAUCUUUUACAGUUUUUCUUUCUGCCUGGAACAUCUUUCAUUUUAGUCUAUUUUUGAGCUCCAGGUCCCCUCCUACAAAGAGUUUUCCUGACAUGCGCAUCCAUUUGUGUACUCUCAAAUCUACUCAGGUCUCAGCUUCAGUACUUCCUUGCUGCAUGACCAGUAGUAAAAUAAAAACCUUGUGGCACAUAAAAACCUUGUAAUCCCAGCACUGAGGGAGGCUGAAGCAGGAGGACCACAAGUUAAGUCGAUUCUGAGCAAUUUAGUGAGACCCUUAUAGUCAGGAAUUUCUAGGAGAAGAAGACAAUACAGGACAUAUAAUUUAUAGUUGUCUUGGUUACUUUUCUUUUGUUUCUAAGACAAAAUCCCCAACACCCAAAAUUAAGGAAGGUGGGGCUGGGGAUUUAGCUCAGUGGCAUAAGUGCCUGCCUUGCAAGCAGGCAGUCGCAAGUUUGAUCCCUGGUACCGAUAAUAAGGAAAAAGACAAAAAAAAAAAAAAAAAAAAAAAAAAAAAAAUUAAGGAAGCAAAGGUUUAUUUAGCUCAUGGUUUGUAAAGGUUUCAGUCCAUAAUCAGCUGGCUCCAAGGCAGGGUGAUGGCACUGGGGCAACACUUCAAGGCAGCCGCUAGAGAAAGCAGCCAGAGCAGAAGGGAAGAAGAGCAAGCCUCUUUUCCUCCAUGGCAUUGUACACAGGCCACUCCUCCUCCAGGGCAGGUAUAGCACUCACAAAAUCUCCCUGCCCUCCUCUUGCACAAAAGGAGGAUGUUUACAAAGUAAGAAGCCUGCCUCCCUGCUGAGUCUCUUAACUUCUAAGCUUCAAGUAACACAAUAUAUCAGCCAUAACAUAAUGGUCACCCAGAGAGUCAAAUAUGCAAGAGUAUAGGAAAUCAGGGUUUAUACAUUGAGACCCAAAGAAAUUCAGCUGAGGGCCUGAAUCCCAAGGCUACCUCCUGCAUGAGUCCAGCUGAAGACCUGUGAGCCAAGGGCAAUAUCUCAUGUGAACUCUUUUAUGGAUCUGCACUGGGAAGGCCCAUAGGUCAGCAGUGGAAGCUAGAAAGUCUGUGCCAGCAGCCUGAGGGUUCUGCACUAGAGCCAAGAAGUUAUGCUCAAGGGGGCUGGGGAUUUAGCUCGGAGGCAUAAGCACCUGCCUUGCAAGCAGGCAGUCGUGAGUUUGAUCCCUGGUACAGAUAAAAAGAAAAAAGACAAAAAAAAAAAAAAAAAGAAGUUAUGCUCAAAAUGAGGACUUGGGCUCCCCUGAAAAGUACCACAGUCAAUCCUUAGUGACAUCAAGGUCCUGAGCUUCUCAGGUGAUGAGAACAGUUGAGUUCACGUCAGGAAGCCAGAGUGACAAGCUUCUGGAGAUUGGACAGCACACCAUCAUCUCCUCUGGAGCCAGGAAGCAAUGCUCAAAGUAAGGACCAGAGCUUCCCCAAGGUGAACCACGGCCAUUCUCAGAAGCUGCAAGGUCCUGAGCUCCUCCAGACAAUGAGAACACCGAGUUCAUAUUAGGAAAGAAGCUCAAUAAGCUCCUCCAGGAGAACCAAGGGCCACAGCAGAACCAGUACCACCACAGAGAACCGAUAACACUAAAUAAACUGUUCCCCAGUUCUCCCUUUUAUCUUGGCAACAAUCCUCAGCACGCAGGCCACCCACACUCAGCAACCACACUGGUUCAGUUCAGCUGGUAUGACAAGCUGACCACCAGUUACCAGUCUACCACACCCUGUCUCAAAACAUUCUAAAAGUUUUUGGAAGGGCUAAGGGUAUAACUCAGUAUCAGAGCCUUGGGUUUAAACCCAAGUACUUACAUAAAGAUAGCAAUGUUGUAAGAUGGUUGGUUUCUUUUUUCCCUAAAAUUGAGGUUUUAAGUGUCACCUGAAGGAGGAGAUGCAUAUAAGGUAACAUAUGUAAAGCCCUUCAUACACUAGUGUGUUAGUAAGCAAUCGUCCCAAGUUAAUUCCCCGAGGCUGGAGAUGUUGCUCAGUAGAACCAUUGCACAGUGGGCUCAAAUUCCCCAAACACUGAAAACAUUUAGAGAAAUGCCCUAUCCUCUUUUUCUGCCCCUUUGGUCCCCACUACUCUGUUCCUCAUUCCUCUUCAUAGCACAUAUCACACAGCUGUAACUCCUGGUCAUUUUUGUCUUUUUCCCUCACUAGAUUUUUUUUUUUCCUUGCUCAAGUUUUGUGUGUAUGUGUGUGAAAUACAUAAUUUUAUUUUACUUUAUAUUUUAUGCAGGAGAGUAACACUUCUUUUCCUACCCAGAGGCAAAAUAUAUUUUCAAAAAUUUAGAUAUUGCCCACUGCAUUAAAUUGAAAUUAAAUUGAAAUUAAAUGCUUCCUAUGUAUGCAGUCAGUGAUGGCAAAAAACUUACAACACAUUCCAUUUUAAUAUAUCAAAAGUGUUUCCAAGGCAACAUUAUCAAAAUGAUCACACUGCAUCUCGCUCAAGUUUUAAUUCCUUGAGGCUUGGGAGUUUGUGUCUUGUUUUAUAUCCUCAGCACGUACCACUGUGUUUCACUUAAAAACAUUUGUUCCAUUAAUGAUUUUGAUGGAAGCGAGGAUGGGUUAGGAUAAAAAGACAGCUGAGUCAGGAGCCCAGUUCGGAGUGUUUUGGUACAGUCUAGCAAAAGGGGAAGAAAGGUCCAGUCCAUUUAGUACCACAGUAUUUGAUGACAGGAAGGGGAAUGGGGGCAGGAAAUAUAGCUCAGUGACACAGUGCCUGCCUGGCAAGUGCAAGGUCCUGAGUUCAGUUCCCAGUACAAAAAAAAAAAAAAAAAAAAGGAAGGGGGAUGGCACACAAGACUUUUCACUUACUGAGGAAGUUGUCCGUGCUACCUCGGCCCGAAGAGCCCCGGGAGAGACACGGUGUUGGACAAAUGACAGGAGAGCUGUGGGCAGUGGGAAGAGACGGGAAUGAUCAUGUGUGAAGGCACAAGGAGCUGUUUUCUUUUUCAGAUCACCAGUCCUGGAAAGACAUAGCACAGCAUGUCUUCGGUAAACGUUUGAACUGCAUAGAUAAGUUCUCCUUUAGUGAGGAAACAUGGUCUUUUUUAAAAUGAAAUUUAUUUUCGAACUUGAGUCCUUAGUGUUGAAAAGUAGUUAGCAAGUGUGUCUGGCAAAAGACGUACGCUAAGACCUUCCUUGUCCAGUGGACUGUCAUCUUAAUGUGCCGCUUUCUUUGCUCGCAAUACUUUUUGUCAAACCUGGAAGUAAUUAUUUUUGUUUUGUUUUUGAGAGGAGAGGUCUUUGUGUCGCCAAGACUGUCUUCAAACUUGCACUCAGUGCCUGAACACUGAGUAGCUGGGAUCACAAGCGUUUGCCACUGCCUACUCUGAGGUUUGCAGAUUGAAAUAAAGUGACCAAGGAACAGUGUGAAGGAAACCAAAGACCAGAGGCUCUGCCCAGCAGCUGCUAUGGACCAGGCGCCGUCCGCAGGCCGAGUGGUGCAGAUCACUGUGACAGACGGAUAUGAUUUGAAAGGCUCUAAAGGAGAUUCUCCAGUGACUGCUAUUCGUGCAGAAUUCAAUCAGGUGGUUCUGGGAGACUCUGCAAAAAUUACUGUUUUUCCAGAUGGAACUGCAAAAUACAAUUUCACCAGCAGUUUUGAGUUCAAUCCUGAAGGAGGAAUCACUCUAGAUGACCUCGCUCACAAACCUGUGUUCUUAACCAUGACUGAGGUUUUACCAAAGGAAAAGAAACAGAAAGAAGAGAAGACCUUGGUUCUCGGUCAAGCCGUGGUGGACCUUCUUCCUUUACUGGAAGGAGAGACUUCAUUUGAAAUGAUGCUCCCUUUACACCCCGUGCAGGGCUCCCCGCUAGAAACUCCUCGGCCGGGCUAUAAGCAGUGCAGUCUUGAAGUGAAAGUGUUUGUGGCAGAGCCCUUACUGACUGCAGCCCAGGCCUUAGGGAGCAAUCUACUGAAGGUCACUCUGGAGGCUGCCUACUCUGUGCCUGAGUGUUUCAACCCACUAGGGCCUCCACAGAACUACCUGGUGGGUCUACAAGUUCCAGCACAAGGAGAGAAGGACUACCCCAUCUUAUUCAAGAAUGGAACUCUGAAGCCUGGAGGGGAAAGAGAACCUGUUCCCCGGCCCAAAAAAUGGCCUAUUGCCAACAUUCUUGCUCCAGGGGCCAAUAACAUUCCGGAGGCCUUCAUCGAGGGCGGCCCCUAUGAGGAGGAGGAGGGAGAGCUCAACCACCCCGAGGACAGAGAAUUCAGGAGCCAUGCAGAGUGUGCAAAGAAAAGGAUUGUUUGGGACCUGGAGAGUCGCUGCUACCUUGACCCUCCUGCAGUUUCCAGCUUUCAGAAACGAAUUGCUGACUGCCGGCUUUGGCCUGUAGAGAUCACGAGAGUUCCUCUGGUUAAUGUACCCAAAGGGAAAGCUGGCAAAGUUGAUAAGAAUGAAGAUGAGAGUCAGCUUUCAUUUCAUGGCGUGGCUUACGUUAACAUGGUCCCACUGCUGUACCCCGGGGUGAGGAGGAUUCGCGGAGCCUUCCACAUCCACCCGUACCUCGACAGCACGGUCUACGAAAAGACCAAAUGUUUAUUCAGCUUGUUACGGGACACCGGCCAUCAUUUGAUUCAGAAUAAUAAAGUAGGAGCAGUUACUGCCUCACUGCCCAAGUCACUGGUUCCUAAGACUCCGAAAGAAGACAAGACAGGCAAAGAGAAGGACACAGAUGGAAAGUUAAAGCCUGGCGAAGGGCAAGUGCCUAGUGUAAAGUCUCAGAGCUCAGAUACUCCUGUGGAAGGCGAAGCCUCUCUGAGUCACAAUCCAGAAGGACAGCAAUAUUUAGAAGCAGGGACAUACAUUGUGUUGGAGAUUGAGCUGGACAAAGCCUUGGUUCCCAAACGAUUGCCAGAGGAGCUAGCCGGAAGGGUCAAGGAAAUGAUUCCUCCAAGGCCGCCUCUUACCCGUCGGACGGGAGGGGCGCAGAAGGCCGUAAGUGACUACCACACACAGAUCAAGAACAUUUCUAGAGCAAUUCUAGAUGAAUACCAUAAGAUGUUUGGAACACAGGCGGCCAAACUAGGGUGUGACAUAGACAGCGAAACCCUGGAGGAGCAGAAGUGCCAGCUCAACUAUGAGCUUAAUUGCUCUGGAAAAUACUUUGCUUUCAAAGAACAACUCAAGCACGCUGUGGUAAAGAUUGUGAGAGAGAAAUAUCUGAAGACAACAUCAUUUGAAAGUCAGGAGGAACUACAGACAUUUAUCAGUGAACUUUAUGUGUUCUUGGUAGACCAGAUGCAUGUGGCCCUAAACCAGAUCAUGCUGGAUGACAUCCAAGGCUCCACUGUAACCAUCCCUAGUAGCAAUGAACAGCUUCGGCUCUUUGCCUUUGAAGCAGAAGUCAAUGAGAACUUUGACAUGGCAGCAGUGUACUAUGAAGAGAGGUUGGUCCGUGAGCCCCAGAACCUGGAGCACUGGCUGGAUUAUGGUGCUUUUUGCCUCCUAACUGAAGACAACAUCAAAGCACAAGAGUGUUUUCGGAAAGCUCUGUCUUUGAAUGAGAAUCAUAUCCACAGCCUGUUGCUGUGUGGUGUGCUCGCUGUCUUGAUGGAGAAUUACGAGCAAGCAGAAAUUUUCUUUGAGGAUGCCACUUGCUUGGAUCCAGCCAAUGUUGUAGCCUGGACUCUACUGGGUUUAUACUAUGAAAUUCAAAACAAUGAUAUUCGAAUGGAAAUGGCGUUUCAUGAGGCCUCUAAACAGCUUCAGGCACAAAUGUUUCAAGCACAGUUAACAAAGCAAAAGAGCAUUGGUACCAUCGAGGACACUGAAGAAGGAAAGAAAAUAGAACCUAAUUCAACCACCCGGGGAAGCAUGAAGGAUCCUUCGGUCACGAUCCUCAAGAUGGAAGCCCCACAAGGACCUGGAGCUGUGUUUUCCACUGUAGAAGAAGUUCCUGAAGAUUCUCCCAAACUGCAGUCUGAGUCACAAGAACCCUUAAUGACUGGACAAUAUCAAGAUAUAAGUAUUGGACCCAAACUAUCCAGCAUGGGUUUCAAGGAGUUACCAGCCAAAAAAGAGGCAUCAAAAUGUCAAGAUCCGGCACCUUUUCCACAUGCUGCCCCACAUCUUGGCGUCUCCCAAACUCCUCACAGCAUCUUCAUGGAGACCAUUCGCUUCUUGAUGAAAGUCAAUGCUGUGCAGUAUGUGCACCGAGUGCUUGCGCACGAGCUGUUGUGCCCUCAAGGAGGACCCAGCUGUGAGUAUUUCUUGGUUCUGGCCCAGACUCACCUUCUCAAGAAGGACUUUGCCAAGGCGGAGGAAUACCUUCAGCAAGCAGCCCAGAUGGACUACCUGAAUCCUGAUGUCUGGGGCCUGAAGGGCCAUCUCUGUUUUCUGAGUGGAAACCACACUGAGGCCAAGGCAUGCUAUGAGCGAACCGUUAGUUUCGUAGUGGAUGCUUCUGAGAUGCACUUCAUCUUGCUGCGCCUCGGGCUCAUUUAUCUGGAAGAGAAAGAGUAUGAAAAGGCAAAGAAAAUCUACCUGCGGGCCUGUAAGAGAUCUCCUUCCUGCCUUACCUGGUUGGGACUGGGAAUCGCCUGUUACCGGCUGGAUGAGCUCACGGAAGCUGAGGAUGCGCUCUCUGAAGCCAAUGCACUGAACAACUGCAAUGCUGAAGUGUGGGCAUACUUGGCUCUGGUCUGCCUGAAAGCUGGACGACAACUGGAAGCUGAACAGGCCUACAAAUACACAGUAAAGCUGAAAUUGAAGGAUGAGGCUUUGCUUGCAGAGAUCCACAUGGUACAGGAGAUGGUUGGAUUUGGAGAUCCAUCUUUCUGACAUUCUUAAGCUGAAGAGUUUUCAAUGUGGGACUGAGUUCCUUUCAAUAUGGAAAUUUUACCACGUGAACUCUGGAGCUGGAAAACCAAAUAAUGUUCACUUUCAACAGAAACUUGUAUAUUUCCAUUGGCUCAAACUGAAAGUUUUAAAGGUUGACAGUAAAUGGGAUACAAUAAAAUUGUAAAUAUGAAAACUUUGUCAGUGUGGCUCUAACGUUAAUGAAGGUACACUGAGCUAUGUGUAAUGCGUUUUUAUAUAUAAUUGUAAUUAUAUACCUAAUAUAUCACUAGUUAGCUGGGCCUGGUGGCUCACACCUGUAAUCCCAGCACUCAGGAGGCUGAGGUAGGAGGACUGCUGUGAGUUCAAAGCUAGACUGAACUACAGCAAGACCCUGUCUCAAAAAACAAAACAAAACAAAAAACCCCAAAAUACCACUAGUUAUAUGUAAAUAAAGUGAAGCACUAGUGGGGUCAACAGUUAGGUUUCUGAUGAAAGCUCAUGGGUUACUGCUGGAAGAAGUCUGCAGCCAAGGCCCUUGGCCAGGUUCACUACUGGAACUUGAGAAUUAAGGCAUCACCUUUAAAGGUGGGCCUAGAGACUGCAGCACUGGGCUAUUAUAUUAGAGCAAAGGGCCUAUGAGUUGUACCUUUAGAACCAAUGGUGAACAGAGGCCUUUCCUGAAGGGAGAGGUAUUAACUCCUUGUAAUCAACCAGGGGUAUCUUCAUGGAUCUAAACCACAAGGGGUCUGUGAAAACAACACCAUUACUCCUGUGAGAGAUGCAGAAUUCCUUAAUAGUGAGUUCUUAUUCUUGGGCUUGGGAUGGCAAUCAAUCAGACUCCAACCCUGCACUUUUGAUCAUAGUGCAGCAAAAGCAGGAAUAAGGGUUUCCUCUCCUUUGUUUUUUAAUGGCACGUCUGUCUCUUCAGUGGUGGGAGAAUAAAGAGGGAAAAUGAGAGGCAAAUUAGUCAUCCGAGGAGGAUAAACUGUGGUCAUUUGGAAUCCUCCUAGUCGCAGGGCUAACUCUAGCUCUUUAUGAAGUCUUCCCGAGGAAGUCUCAGCUUCUUUUCUGCCCCUCUGUACUAUUACCCGCCCUUAAUUUCUCUGGACACUGUCGGCGGCUCCCCGCCAGGCAGCUUCCGGACGGCAGAGGACAGCGGCUUGUGCUCAGGCCUAACAGAUAUUAAGGAAGCGUUUGCAGGACGGAUGGAUUUGCAGAGAGCUUAGCUCUUCUCCUGGGUACUUAAGAUUUCCCCAGAAGUUUUCAUUCCAACAGACUGCAAGCGAGGGAUCGCUUUACCACGCCCACGUCUCUCCAAUCUGUGAUGGAGGAGGUAGGGCCGUGUUGCAUGACGGGAAAUAAAGAGCCGAGGAGGAGAGGCGGGGCGAAUUGAGCACCUGCUUCCGGAACUGAACCUUUGGGUUUCCGUAGCUGGCUAGGGGUCUCAAUCUCUAGGAAUUGACGUUUCCUGCUGCUUUCGGGUGGAUACGAGACCGUGGACCUCGGCUGUGGGAACAGCGGGACGAUCCGAGGAUCUGCACGCUGGCUGCACCAUGGUCCAGCUUGGUACCCUUCUGUGCAAGGCCUACCGUAGCGGCCACUUAACUAUCCGCCUUGCUCUGGGUGGCUGCACCAACCGACCCUUUUACCGCAUUGUGGCUGCUCACAACAAGUGUCCCAGGGACGGCCGUUUUGUGGAACAGGUCUGGCUGGCUUUUUCCCCCUGCAUCCUAUGACGAUCACAAAUGCUGAGAGACUGAGAAGGAAGCGGGCACGUGAGAUCGUCUUAGCUUCUCAGAAAACAAACACAGAGGCUACAGAAACAGAAGCGAGCUGACUUCAGUGAAUGUGGCAGUGGUUAUAAGGUCAAGAUCUUCUGUAUGCAGAACUCUCAAUUUUGUUAGGUUCAAUGAACAAUAAAUGAAGUUUUCUGAGUCA